AUGUGGCAUUUGAUUGUGGAUGAGGGUUAUCUUUCAUUUACUGCACAUUAUAUUGAUGAUGAUUGGAAGUUACACUAUAAGAUUAUUGCCUUUUGUCAUGUCUCCCCUCCUCAUAAUGCCAACAUGAUACAUGAGAGGUUAAUUGCACUUAUAAAAGAAUGGAAGUUUCAACAAAAGGUGUUCUCUAUCACAUUAGACAAUGCUAAGUACAAUGAUAAUAUGCAAAAAUUGCUUGUUAAUAGUCUAAGUGUGUAUAAUCCAUUGCUUGCUUAUGGUGAUUAUUUUCAUGUUCAUUGUGGUGCUCAUAUUUUGAACUUUAUUGUUCAAGAUGGUUUGAAGGUCAUUGGAGAUGAAAUAAAAACAAGUAAUACCUUGGUUAAGUAUAUAAAUGGUUUUAAAGUACGAAAAGAAAAGUUGAGGGAGUGUGCAAUUGGUAUUGGUGUUAGUAUUUCUAAAAGGUUGUGGUUGGAUUGUCCUAUACGAUGGAAUUCUACCUAUAGGAUGCUUGAAAGGGCAUUGAUUUAUUGUCCUUGUUAUGAAAACCUAAAAAGAAUUGACAAAGAUCUUUCUAAUAUUCCUACACAUGAUGAUUGGUCAAAGGUUAAAGAAAUUGUUGCACUUUUAAAACCUUUUGAUGAUAUAACAAAAUAUGAAGAUGAGUUUUUAAAAGAUAUGGCAAAGAAUAUGAAAAAUAAAUUUGAUAAAUAUUGGGAAAAUUAUAGUGUUGUUCUUUCUUUUGCUGCCAUGAUGGAUCCUCAGUAUGUAAGGAAUGAUACUCCCUAUGGCCAUGAAGCUAGUAGUAAAGUCGUGGAUGAUGAUCUUCCUGGAUUUUCAUCUUUUGCUAGAGGGACUAGUGAAAAUUUGUCAGAAUUAGAUAUUUAUCUUGAGGAGUCUAGGCUUGAUCAUCAUCUUGCACUAGAUGUACUGCAAUGGUGGAAAACAAAUGAAACUCGACAUCCCCAGGUUGCGCGUAUGUCAAGAGAUUUAUUAGUCAUUCCAAUUACUACUGUUGCAUCCCAGUCACCUUUUCGCUUAGGAGGUAGAGUGCUUACUAAGUAUAGAGCUUCUCUUCAACCGGAUACUGCUGAGGGUUUAAUUACUAGUCGUAGUUAG